UGAAGAAUUAUUGAUUCCUCUUCUCUAUUUUCGUUGCCGUAGCAACAAACAAGUGCACACCCGUUGAGAAGAAUUUCAAUUAGUCACAAAUGAGUUUCUUGAAGCGAAAAAUUAAUUUCAAAGACCUGGAGGAAGAGCUCCAGAGUGCAGUAAAGGCCGAUGAUCUCUAUAAAUUGCAGAAUGAUGCCAAAUUGAGAGCUGUUGAGCAGAAUGUACCGAAUUACGAGCAAUUCAGACAAAUGGUGAAAGCUGCGCAUUUGAAGCCGAUGGAUAGAAAGAAGAAUGUUAAAGAUUCGUCGUGGCAGCUGAAGGAUUUCGAGGGCAGAACUGACGAGAAAUACGAGAAAUAGCGAAAUACGCGGAAUAAAUCAGAGAACAUCGGGUUUUCGUUGAACUUCCCCUCUGGAUGAUUAUCAAUCACGUGGAUUAAUUGAUGAUUUUAACACAUACCGGCAAUUGAAUUUCACUUGCACAAAACUCCACGAAAGUCGAACUUGAGGGCGCAAGCUAUCGGCUGGCCAUUCCUAGAGUGACGUCACAUUUCAUACCGUCAACACAUGUAUAUAACACUCGUCU